CCCUCCCGGGCCUGAAAGGGACACGGCGGUGUCCGAGUCUUUAGGUCUGCGCGGGAGCGGAGGCUGCGCACCUGGGGUGAGAGCGUCGGUGACAGGGCUCCGCGCGGUCCAGGAACCUGGGGACGGGCGGGCUUGUGUGCGGAGGACAGCAGCAGGCAGUCUCAGGAGUCCCCAGGAUGGCCCUCCCCUCUUCUCCCCGGCCCAGUCCGCGGGCCCAGGCCGAGUCCUGUCCGCAGGUGUAGGGGCUGCUGGGCCCUGCGGGGUUGCGGGCCGGGAAGAGGAAUGUGCGUGGAUAAGGUUGACGGCGAACAGGAGGAGGUUACUAGUAACUCGUGUUCCUAUUCUGAGAAUUAAAUAAGUUGUCACCUGUAAAGCAUUUUGUCAAGUGUCUGUAAUAGUCACUGUGUGAAAUGUAAGCUGCUCUCACAAUUAUGAGACACUUAUUCUCAUCGUUUGGUAUUCCACCUGACCCUCACGACAACCUCUUUGGUAUAAACGUGCCAUUUUUAAAAAAAUGGACGAAAGUUCAUGGGGAUGGGUACCCCAGGGCACACACUAGUAGGUGAGAGAGGUGAGAUGCAAAUGCUGAGAGAUGUGACUCCCUCUCCUGCUCGUUCUAAUAUGCUGUCUGCCUGAAACCCAGACUUGCCAGUACCUGCCUAAAGCCUUCAGAGCACUUAUGCAGAGUGGCCUGUUACCAGAUCUGUGUAGAUGAUUGUGAAAUGUGGACAGAAUCUCACCAAGUGGUAGAUACAUUCUGCGAUUUGUCCGGUCUCUACAAAACCUCUGAUUCAGGCUUAGGCUCCUGAAUCCUCUUGUGUUGUUCCCGCUGUCUCCUCAAAGGCACAGAUUGAUAUUCUGGUGCUGUGCUGUCCAAUAGAAAGAUAAGGCAAAACACAAAUAUAAAUCAGAAUUUUUGGCCAGGUGCGGUGGCUCAUGCCUGUAAUCCCAGCAGUUUGGGAGGCCUAGGCCAGUGGAUCACUUGAGGCCAGGAGUUCGAGACCAGCCUGGCCAUCAUGGCAAAAGCCCAUCUCUACAAAAAUAAAAAAAUUAGCCAGGCGUGGUGGUGCACUCCUGUAAUCCCAGCUACUUAGGAGGCUGAGGCACGAGAAUUGCUUGAACCCGAGGCGGAGGCUGCAGUGAGCCGAGAUUGCACUACUGCACUCCAGCCUGAGUGACAGAGUGAGACUCUGUCUCAAAAAAGAAAAAAAAAAGAGUUUAAUAUUUUUCAGUAGCUACAGUAAAAAAGAAGAGGCAGGCAAAGUCAGUUUUACUGCUUUAUUUUACUUAACUCAUUGCAUCCUAAAUAUUCGACUUGUGGCACUGGCCAAACUUCAGGUGUUCAAUGGUUCUAUGUGGCUGAUGGCUGCAGUGCUGGAUAGCACAUUUCUAGUGAAUCUCAAGAGUCAGGUUUAGGGUAUUAGGUGAAGGUUUCAAUUGAGUUUGUUUCUCAGGCCUAAGUCCCAGCCCCUCUGGAACAAAGCAGCUCCUAUGAGGCAGUCAAGAGGGAGUCCUGGGGACUACUGCCAUAGAAGAACAGCCCAUAUGAUGGAGACCUCUUCUAGAGCAUCAGAGCAGAGGCAGAAGAUUCUAGAAAGAAGCAGGUCCUGAUUGCUUCCCCAGAGGCGGUUGUUGAUUCCCUAUAUAUGCGUCAGAUUUCGUGAUGUCGCCACAUCCAGAAGCCAUCACAGACCAUGUGACUUUGCUGUGGACUAACUUGCAGAAGGCAAUUCCCUGGGGUGGAGAGGGAUGAGUGACUAUCAAGCUGAGUGGAAAAAGACACUUUACUGGAGGGCUGGUUAGGUCAUGAUAUCCAGGGAAGACGUAAUCAGCUGUCCAGAUCCCAAACAGCAGCCUAUUUUCCUUUCUUCCUUCACUUCUUCCACAUUCUGAACCUCCACAGUUCUCUACACUCUUCCAGGAGCAGCAGAAAAUGAACAUGUAUCAGGCAUCAGUGUCAUUCCAGGACGUGACCGUGGAAUUCACCCAGGAGGAGUGGCAGCACCUGGGCCCUGUCGAGAGGACCCUGUACAGAGAUGUGAUGCUGGAGAACUACAGCCACCUCAUCUCAGUGGGAUAUUGCAUUACUAAACCCAAGGUGAUCUCCAAGUUGGAGAAAGGAGAAGAGCCAUGGUCCUUAGAAGAUGAAUUCCUGAACCAGAGGUACCCAGGAUAUUUUAAAGUUGAUCACAUCAAAGGGAUCCAGGAAAAACAAGAAAAACCUCUGUGGCAAGAAAUAUUCAUCAAUGAUGCUGACAAAACAUUGAGUAAAGAAGGACAGAAAGUUUUAGAAAAACCAUUUAAUCUGGAAAUAGCUCCAGAGUUCUCAGAAAAAAUAUCCUGUAAAUGUGACUCACGUAGAAUGAAUUUGCCAAUUGCUUCUGAAUUAAUUAUAAGUGAGAGAAAAUAUUCAAGAAAGAAGACUGAAUACAUGAAUGUGUGUGAGAAAUUGCAGCUUGAUAUUAAGCAUGAGAAAGCUCAUGCUGGAGAGAAAUCUUAUGAACAUGGUGAAAAUGCGAAAGCUUUCAGUUAUAAGAAAGAUCAGCAUUGGAAAUUUCAAACUUUGGAGGAAUCUUUUGAAUGUGAUGGAUCUGGACAAGGUUUACAUGAUAAGACAAUUUGUAUUACACCUCAAAGUUUUCUAACAGGAGAAAAGUCCUGUAAGGAUGAUGAAUUUAGAAAAAACUUUGAUAAAACCACUUUAUUUAACCACAUGAGAACUGCCACAAGGGGGAAAUGCUCUGAUCUUAAUGAAUAUGGGACAUCCUGUGACAAAACCACUGCUGUUGAAUACAAUAAAGUUCACAUGGCUAUGACAAACUAUGAGUGUAAUGAAAGGGGGAUUAAUUUCAGUAGGAAGUCACCCCUCACUCAAUCUCAGAGAACUAUUAUGGGAUGGAGUGCUUUUGAAAGCAAUAAUUGUGAAGAAAAUUUUAGCCAGAGCUCAGCCCACAUAGUACAUCAGAAAACACAAGCUGGAGAUAAAUUUGGUGAACAUAAUGAAUGUACAAAUGCCCUCUACCAGAAAUUAGACUUUACAGCACAUCAGAGGAUUCAUACACAAGAUAAAUUCUACCUUUUGGAUGAACAUGGGAAAUGCAGAAAAUCCUUUUACCAGAAAGCACACCUCGUUCAGCAUCAGAGGCCCCACUCAGGAGAGAAAACUUACCAAUAUGAGGAAUGUGCAAAAUCCUUUUCUUCAAGUUCACUUCCUAUUCAGCAUCCUGGAACUUAUGUGGGAUUCAAACUUUAUGAAUGUAAUGAAUGUGGGAAAGCUUUCUGUCAGAAUUCAAACCUCAGUAAACAUCUGAGAAUUCACACAAAAGAGAAACCUUGUGAUAACAAUGGCUGUGGGAGAUCUUACAAGUCACCCCUCAUAGGACAGCAGAAAACAGAUGCAGAGAUGGAACUUGGUGGCAGUGAAUAUGGGAAGACAUCACAUCUCAAAGGACAUCAGAGAAUUCUCAUGGGGGAGAAACCCUAUGAAUGUAUUGAAUGUGGGAAAACUUUCUCCAAGACAUCACAUCUCAGAGCACAUCAGAGAAUUCACACAGGUGAAAAACCCUAUGAAUGUGUUGAAUGUGAGAAAACUUUCUCUUACAAGACACACCUCAGUGUACAUCAGAGAGUUCACACAGGGGAGAAACCCUAUGAGUGUAAUGACUGUGGGAAAUCUUUUACCUAUAACUCAGCCCUGAGAGCACAUCAAAGAAUUCACACAGGUGAGAAGCCCUACGAAUGCAGUGACUGUGAGAAAACUUUUGCCCAUAAUUCAGCCCUCAGAGCACAUCAUAGAAUUCACACGGGGGAGAAACCUUAUGAAUGUAAUGAAUGUGGAAGGUCUUUUGCCCAUAUUUCUGUUCUCAAGGCACAUCAAAGAAUUCACACAGGGGAGAAACCCUAUGAAUGUAGUGAAUGUGGGAGAUCUUUCACCUACAAUUCAGCCCUGAGAGCACAUCAGAGAAUUCACACAGGUAGAAAACCCUAUGAAUGUAGUGACUGUGAGAAAACUUUUGCCCAUAAUUCAGCCCUCAAAAUACAUCAGAGAAUUCACAUGGGGGGGAAACCCUAUGAAUGUAAUGAAUGUGAGAAAACGUUUGCCCAUAAUUCAGCCCUUAGAGCACAUCAGAACAUCCACAUGGGAGACUAUGAAUGUAGUGAAUGUGGAAAAACUUUUUUCCAGAAGACACGCCUCAGUACACAUCAGAGAAUUCACACAGGGGAGAAACCCUAUGAAUGUAGCAAGUGUGGGAAAACUUUCUCCCAGAAAUCAUACCUCAGUGGACAUGAGAGAAUUCACACAGGGGAAAAACCGUAUGAAUGUAACAUAUGUGGGAAAACUUUUGUCUAUAAGGCAGCCCUCAUAGUGCAUCAAAGAAUUCACACAGGGGAGAAACCCUAUGAAUGUAAUGAGUGUGGGAAAACUUUCUCCCAAAGAACACACCUCUGUGCACAUCAGAGAAUUCAUACUGGGGAAAAACCCUAUGAGUGUAAUGAAAGUGGGAAGACGUUUGCUGAUAAUUCAGCCCUCAGGGUACAUCACAGGAUUCACACAGGGGAGAAACCCUAUGAAUGUAAUGAAUGUGGGAAGACUUUCUCCAAGACAUCACAUCUCAGAGCACAUCUUAGAACUCGCUCAGGGGAGAAACCCUAUGAAUGUAGUGAAUGUGGGAAAACCUUCUCUGAGAAGUCGUAUGUUAGUGCACAUCAGAGAGUUCAUACGGGGGAGAAACCCUACGAAUGUAAUGUAUGUGGGAAGCCAUUUGCCCAUAAUUCAACCCUCAGAGUACAUCAAAGAAUUCACACAGGGGAGAAAUCCUAUGAAUGUAAUGAUUGUGGGAAAAUGUUCUCCCAGAAAUCACACCUUAGUGCACACCAGAGAAUUCACACAGGGGAGAAACCCUAUGAGUGUAAUGAAUGCGGGAAAGCUUUUGCCCAGAAUUCAACUCUCAGAGUACACCAGAGAAUUCACACAGGGGAGAAACCCUAUGAAUGUGAUGAAUGUGGGAAAACUUUUGUCCGUAAGGCAGCUCUUAGGGUACAUCACACCAGAAUGCAUACCAGAGAGAAAAUCCUAGCAUGUAAUGGAUUUGGGAAGUCCUGAGGGAAUGCAUACCUUACCAUGUCACACGUAGUGCAGAAACUCAUGUGACAUAAGCUGGGAACUUGUUUCCCUUAUCCAUUUCCCUUUUCAUUAGGCUCAUAGCUUGUCAAAGAAUCCCAAUAUGCCAUUUAUUCAGGUGGGGCUGACCAUGGGAUGUGGUGCUAAUGAUAUAUAUUACAUUUACUCUUGGCCCUUAAAAAAAAACCACCUCACAGUCUUCCUGGUUCAUAAGAUGGAUUUGGAGGUUAUUUCUGCAGCAAACUUGGGUCCUGUGUGUUAAAAACCAUAGAGCACAAGGUCAAGGAAGCUAGAGUCUGAAAAACAAACAGAAUUCACUUCCAGGUCUUCACCAGGGUUUUGUUUUUGUUGUUUUAAAGCAAGAGUUAAGUUUAUAGUCUGUUAAGCUCUUACAAAUUUGGCUUAUUAGUUAAAUGGACAUAGUUUAGCUUAACCUUUCCAUUAGAGUGAGAUGAAACCCUAUGAGUAUAAUCAGUUUUAAAAAAACUAAUCAGUUUAUUGUGCAUCAGAGAUGUCACAUGAAGAAGAAAACUUGUCAACAUCCAGGAUGAUCAGGAGCCUUCAUUAAAACAAAUUUUAGGGAAAACCACAAAAGCCUUCUUAAAGUGAAUUGCAUUAAACAUCAAUUAUAAUAAAAUUUCAUAUUUUGAAUAAAUGACAUUUUUCUAGGUAUUUUUUUCUGAGGAAAUAUGUCAGUUUUAGAAUUGGAGAUAAAAUAUUCACCUAGAACUGAUGUACCAAGCUUCUGUUUUGUAAUAUCAAAAAUUUUAUAGAACAUAUAUAAGAAAAUAUUUACCUGUAGAAAAACUCACUGUAGAAUGUGAAGUUAAAAAUGGAAUAAUUUGAAUUCUAUGGAGAAUAUGAAUAAAUGUGAAUAGUCU